CUCUCUCUCUCUCCUAACUAAACUAUCCAUCCUCCCUCCUCUCCCUCCUUUCCUAACAAACAUAGCGUUAAUAAAACGGAAUAAAAAGUCAUUCCAUUCCAUCCCCUCAUCUAAGAACUUGGCUGGACAACCGGUAACGAAUUUACAUUUCACUCCCUCCAGCUCUCUCUCAUAUAAGCGUGGAUGUAUCCGCCGAGUCCUCUUGCGACGGCGCGUACGCGCGUGGGAUCUUUCUCUGACGUCGACCUCAGUGGACUGGAAUCGUCUUUGCUGCAAUUAGUCCAAGAUCACCAUCAAUCCUCUCUCAGACUCCGUGAACUUACUGAGAAGGCGAAGAAGGACGCGAUCAAGAACGCCGCUAGGGUUUCGGAUCUGUUGGUGGACGCAGUAAACGGCGGGGUUCAAGAAUGCUUUGUCAAUGAGAAGCGAAUUGAGCUUGAAAUCAGGGCUUUGACAGCCACCAUUACUCGAUUCAUGAAGCAGACCGAUCAAUGGCUCACUGCCACCCACGCUUUCAAUACCGCCGUUAAGGAAAUUGGAGACUUUGAGAAUUGGAUGAAAACCAUGGAAUUUGAUUGUAAAAGCGUUGUUGCAGCUAUCCACAAUAUUCAUCAAGAAUGAAUCACGACAAUUUCAUAUGUUUGAACUAUGAUAAUAUCUCAUUGUGUACAUAAUUGGUUCAACAUUAACACAAGUUAAGUGCAAAUAAAUGAAGGGUUCAGUAGGGAAUAUUUUAUUGAUCAACUGUUUAUUCAUUUUUACUAGUUACUGAGCCUUUUGUGUACAAAAUUAUUUAUUUAAUUUGGAAGGUCAUCUUGAAGCUUAGUGCGCAGCGUGAGGGAAAUACUGCUUUGUUCUCAAUGUUGAAUUCGUUAUGUUGUGCAAUCUAAAUAUUUAGAUUUAUUAGUAGA